GGCCUCCGUGGCGGGUGGCAGGCUGUCCCGUUAGGUCUGAGGCGGCAAUGGCUGCACGCGCUCUGAGGCUGCUGACCACACUGCUGGCGAUUGCCGCCGCUGCCUCCCGGGCCGAGGUCGAGUCCGAGACGGGAUGGGACAUGCCUGCGCCUGAUCUGCUCUUCGCGGAGGGGACCGCGGCCUACGCGCGCGGGGACUGGGCUGGGGUGGUCCUGAGCAUGGAGCGGGCGCUUCGCUCGAGGGCCGCCCUGCGCGCCCUUCGCCUGCGCUGCCGCACCCGGUGUGCCGCCGACCUCCCGUGGGAGCUGGACCCCGACUCGUCCCCGAGCCUGGCGCAGGCCUCGGGCGCCGCCGCCCUGCACGACCUGCGCUUCUUUGGGGGCCUGCUGCGUCGUGCCGCCUGCCUGCGCCGCUGCCUCGGGCCGCCGGCCGCCCACUCGCUCAGCGAGGAGCUGGAGUUGGAGUUCCGCAAGCGGAGCCCUUACAACUACCUGCAGGUCGCCUACUUCAAGAUAAACAAGCUGGAGAAAGCAGUAGCAGCUGCACAUACCUUCUUCGUGGGCAAUCCUGAACACAUGGAGAUGCGGCAGAAUCUGGACUAUUACCAAACCAUGUCUGGGGUGAAGGAGGCUGACUUCAAGGAUCUUGAGGCCAAACCCCAUAUGCACGAGUUCCGGCUGGGAGUGCGGCUCUACUCGGAGGAGCAGCCGCACGAAGCCGUGGCCCACCUGGAGGCGGCGCUGCGAGAGUACUCGGUGGCGGACGCGGAGUGCCGCGCGCUCUGCGAGGGGCCGUACGACUAUGACGGCUACAACUACCUGGAGUACAACGCGGACCUCUUCCAGGCCAUCGCAGAUCAUUACAUCCAGGUCCUCAGCUGUAAGCAGAACUGCGUCACGGAGCUGGCUUCCCACCCAAGCCGAGAGAAGCCCUUUGAAGACUUCCUCCCAUCACAUUACAAUUAUCUGCAGUUUGCCUACUAUAACAUUGGGAAUUAUACACAGGCUAUUGAAUGUGCCAAGACCUACCUCCUCUUCUUCCCCAACGAUGAGGUGAUGAACCAGAAUCUGGCCUACUACACAGCCAUGCUUGGAGAAGAACCAGCCAGAUCCAUUGGCCCCCGUGAGAGUGCCCGGGAGUACCGACAGCGCAGCCUGCUGGAGAAAGAACUGCUCUUCUUCGCUUACGAUGUUUUCGGAAUUCCCUUUGUUGACCCGGAUUCAUGGACUCCAGAAGAGGUGAUUCCCAAAAGAUUGCAAGAGAAACAAAAGUCCGAAAGGGAAACAGCCGUCCGCAUCUCCCAGGAGAUCGGAAACCUCAUGAAGGAGAUUGAGACCCUGGUGGAGGAGAAGACCAAGGAGUCGCUGGAUGUGAGCAGGCUGACCCGGGAAGGUGGCCCCCUGCUCUACGAAGGCAUCAGUCUCACCAUGAACUCCAAAGUCUUGAAUGGUUCCCAGAGGGUGGUGAUGGAUGGUGUCAUCUCCGAUGAUGAGUGCCGAGAGCUGCAGAGACUUACCAACGCAGCAGCGACCUCAGGAGAUGGCUACCGGGGUCAGACCUCCCCACACACCCCCAGUGAAAAGUUCUAUGGAGUCACUGUCUUCAAGGCCCUCAAGCUGGGACAGGAAGGGAAGGUUCCCCUGCAGAGCGCCCACCUGUACUACAACGUGACCGAGAAGGUGCGGCGCGUCAUGGAGUCCUACUUCCGCCUGGACACCCCCCUCUACUUCUCCUACUCCCACCUGGUGUGCCGCACCGCCAUCGAAGAGGCACAGGCUGAGAGGAAGGACAGCAGCCACCCAGUCCACGUGGACAACUGCAUCCUGAACGCCGAGGCCCUCGUAUGCAUCAAAGAGCCCCCCGCCUACACCUUCCGGGACUACAGUGCUAUUCUUUAUCUGAAUGGAGACUUCGAUGGAGGAACCUUCUAUUUCACUGAACUAGACGCCAAGACUGUGACAGCAGAAGUACAGCCCCAGUGCGGAAGGGCUGUGGGGUUCUCUUCAGGCACCGAAAACCCGCACGGAGUGAGGGCUGUCACCAGAGGCCAGCGCUGUGCCAUCGCCCUGUGGUUCACGUUGGACGCCCGGCACAGCGAGCGGGACAGGGUGCAGGCGGAUGACCUGGUGAAGAUGCUCUUCAACCCCGAAGAGAUGGUCCUCCCCCAGGAGGGGCCCCCCCAGCCCGUCGAGGAGUCUCUCUCUGGCGGUGAGGCGGGGCGCAGGGAUGAGCUCUGACAGCGUCCGGCUCACUGUGGGUGGGUGGCCAGACCCACCUGGAGUAAACGUCCUGCGCCCUGGACCGGCUGGCCCCUGGGGGCUGCGGAGCAGUGAGAAGGUUCCGUCUGCUGCCCGGCCAACGGGACCCUGCUCACGGCUGUCCGCACGGUGCUACUGCUCCCCAAAGUGGACAUGGCAGGACGGCCCUCUCUCCUCUGGACCCGGCUGUGGGCUCGGGACGCAGGCCCCGAGCCGCCCCUGGAGGCCUGCACAGGCAGCCACAUGACAGCACUACGGUAUUUAAGUGUCUGUGUAGACAACCAAAGAAUAAAUGAUUUGUGGGGUUUUUUUUUUUACUCAGUAGUUUAUUCUGAGGGUCGAAAUACAUCCACCUGCUGUAGAACUUUCACUUGAUAAAGAUCGCUCUGGGCAGGAUACAGCUCCGGUGCCGUGUGGGGACGCCUGGCUCAGGGCCCGGCUCGGCCACUUCUUGUGCAGCCGUGGGCCAGACACUUAACCUCAGAGCUGUCAUCGGUAUAACGGGGACCCCAGUGCUCGCUCUGCCCACCUCCUGGCAGUUGUGUGGCCCGGGUUCGGUAUCGGCUGUGACAGCACUUCGUACACUGGAAUGCUCUGGAUGAAUGGUAGGGAUUAUUAUUAAUCCCUCUCUGGCAGCGACCAGCUGGUCAGCAGUGCUCUGGCGUGAUGCCUCCAUGUCAGCCACAUGUGUCCUGCUCUGCCGUCUGGCCUCGGAGUCCCCGUACCUCAGGGCCUUCGUGUGCAGGACAACGCACACCUCCGGGAGACAAGGAGCAGACGGCUCCCCUGGCCACAAGCCCAUCUCUCCUCCUGGGCUUGAGAUGCUGUGGGGUAUGGAGUUUGGGAACCUGCACUCUGAGUUCUCAUGUAUUUACUCAACCAGGAGUGAUGUCCUGAGCGCCAGCGAAGUGCCUGUGCUAGAAAUACA